CCGAUAGGGUUCAACGACGAUUGAAUUCUGAUAAUGUCGAAGCUUUUGAGUAGCGUAAAGAAAUCAUUAGAGCUUUAGUGAAAGAAGAUUCAAACAAAAAUGGCGGUGAUGAUUUCAACAAAUCCCUUCGUUAACGCCUCGUAUUUAGACGAUGGCCGGAAAUUUUGCUGGGAUUCACGCCGGAAGCCGGUCUUUCCUCAAGCGUGCUUGAACUGCCGGCGAUUCGUUCAUCGGUCGAGGAAAUCGAAGAAAAAUGUAAUAUUCUGUUUGAAUUUGAACGCGAAGGAGGUCGGUUUGCAAACAUCGGGUGAUGGAGGUUUUGAAUUCAAGCCCAAUUUUGAUCAGUACCUGCAAAUCAUGGAAUCGGUUAAAACAGCGCGUAAGAAGAAGAAAUUCGACAGGUUGAUCGAAGAUAAAGUCGAGGAUGAUGGUGGCGGAGGUGGAAAUGGUGAUUCGGAAGUGAGAAAUGGGGUUUCAGGUAGACGAUUAGAGCUGAGAAGAGAUGUUGAAGAUGUGAAGACUAAGAGUGGUGAGCCAAAAGAUGAAGGGUUCAGGAGGAGAUACUCGAGGCAGGAGAUGGUGAGCACCGAUAAACGUAAUGAGAGAGGAUUCAAGAGCAAUGAGGAAAAUGGAAUUCAGAGGAUAACCAAAGAUGUGAAAUGGAGUAAGAGCGGUGAAUCUUAUUCAGUGACUGCGCAAGAAGAUGAGAGCUUCAGGAGAAGGUACUUGAAGCAGGAGAUGGUAAGCGGCGAUAAACGUAAUGAUAGAGGUUUUAAGAGGAAUGAAGAAAUUGGAAUUCAGAGGAUAACCAAAGAUGUGAAAUGGAGUAAGAGUGGUCUAUCUUCUUCAGUGACUGCGCCAGAAGAUGAGAGCUUUAGGAGAAGGUACGUGAAACAGGAGAUAGUGAGGCAUCACCGUUCCUCUGAUACAUCGAGAGGGAACGAGGGGAUCAUCAAAGGAGAUGAAUUGGGGCUCGUUGUUGAAGAAAGGAGAAGUAUAACCAAAGAUGGAAGAUGGAGUAAGAGUGGUGAAACUUCAGUGAUUGCACCAGAAGAUGAGAGCUUCAGGAGACAGUACUCGAAGCAGGAGAUGGUUAAGUAUCAGCGUUCCCCUGAUGUAUCGAAAGAGAUUCGUAGAAGUUCCAAAGGAGAUGGACUGGAUCUCCUUGCUGAAGAAAGGAGAAUUGAGAGACUAGCCAACGAGAGGCAUGAUUUCAGAAGUAGCAAAUUGAGUCAAAUCAGGAGAACGGGUGCUGCUAAGAAAUAUGAUGAAGAUGAUGAUAGCUUGUUUGACAUGGAAAGUCCUGCCUUUAGGUUUUCCGAUGAGUCCAGUGAUAUAGUGGACAAGCCAGCUACUUCGCGAGUCGAAAUGGAAGACAGAAUCGAGAAGUUAGCAAAAGUGUUGAAUGGUGCAGACAUCAAUAUGCCUGAGUGGCUGUUUUCCAAGGCGAUCCGGAGUGCAAAAAUCAGAUAUACGGAUUACACUAUAAUGAGACUGAUCCACUUUCUAGGGAAACUUGGAAACUGGAGACGAGUUCUUCAAGUCAUCGAGUGGCUUCAAAGGCAAGACCGUUACAAAUCAAACAAGAUAAGAAUCAUCUAUACAACUGCACUAAAUGUGCUUGGUAAGUCAAGGAGGCCUGUGGAAGCUCUCAAUGUAUUCCAGGCAAUGCUGUUACAAAUCUCAUCAUAUCCGGAUAUGGUAGCAUACCGUUCAAUUGCAGUCACGCUUGGACAAGCUGGGCAUAUCAAGGAACUCUUUCAUGUGAUUGACACUCUGCGAUCUCCACCUAAAAAGAAGUUCAAGCCAACGACACUUCAAAAAUGGGAUCCCCGGCUUGAACCUGACGUUGUUGUUUACAAUGCGGUACUCAACGCAUGCGUUCAACGGAAGCAGUGGGAAGGAGCAUUCUGGGUUUUGCAACAGUUGAAGCAAAGAGGGCAAAAACCUUCUCCUGUCACCUAUGGCCUCGUCAUGGAGGUGAUGCUUGCGUGUGAGAAAUACAAUUUAGUUCAUGAAUUCUUCAGGAAGAUGCAGAAAUCCUCUAUCCCUAAUGCUCUAGCAUAUAGAGUUCUUGUUAAUACUCUGUGGAAAGAAGGUAAAACAGAUGAGGCCAUACAGACGGUUGAGGAUAUGGAAAGCCGUGGCAUUGUUGGAUCAGCUGCUCUUUACUACGACCUCGCUCGUUGUCUAUGUAGCGCAGGAAGGUGUAAUGAAGGGCUUAAUAUGAUUAAGAAGAUAUGCAGAGUUGCAAACAAGCCUCUCGUGGUGACAUACACUGGCCUGAUCCAAGCAUGCCUUGACUCAGGAAACAUCAAGAACGCAGCUUACAUCUUCGAUCAGAUGAAGGAGGUCUGCAAUCCGAACCUAGUCACUUGCAAUAUAAUGCUUAAAGCUUAUCUACAAGGUGGUUUGUUCGAAGAAGCAAGAGAACUUUUCCAGAAGAUGUCGGAAGAUGGAAACCAUAUAAAAAGCAGCUCGGAUUUCGAAUCAAGAGUAUUGCCAGACACUUACACGUUCAACACGAUGCUAGACUCCUGCGCUGAACAUAAAAAGUGGGAUGAUUUCGGUUAUGCUUAUUUGGAGAUGUUGCGUCACGGAUACCAUUUCAAUGCGAAACGCCAUCUCAAAAUGGUACUUGAAGCUAGCAGAGCAGGAAAGGAAGAAGUGAUGGAAGCGACAUGGGAACACCUACGGCGGAGUAAGAGGAUUCCGCCGUCGCCUCUAAUCAAAGAAAGAUUCUGCAGGAAACUCGAGAAAGGCGAUUAUGUUUUAGCGAUAUCUUCUCUUGCUGAUCUUAAUGGCAAAGACAUCGAAGAGACAGAGUUACGGGCAUUUUCAACGACCGCGUGGUCCAAGGUCUUGUCUCGGUUUGAGAAAGAUUCAGUUUUGAGGUUGAUGGACGAUGUGAACAGACGUGUGGGUUCGAGAAGUGAGUCUUCGGUUUUGGGGAAUCUAUUGAGUUCUUGUAAAGAGUUUCUGAAGAACAGAACACAAGUGGUGUAAGUUAUUUGCGAAUCUAAUGUUAAAAGAAAAGGCAUGUGAUGUUGUGAUUUCCUUAAA